CUCUGAGGGUUUUUCCUGAGAGGCUGUUUUGUUUGGCGUGUGUGGUUCUAAAAAUAAAGUUAGUUUCUUUUGACAAGUGGCUCCUGAUUGUGCCCAGCCAGACUGCGGCAUUUGGUGGCUCGCACGGGGAGCGCCUGAGGUUGCCUGUCCCUGGAGAUGUGUAAGAUGGAAGAAAAACCGCUCACAUCUGAGGAACAGAUAGGGAGAAAGGACGGAUGGACAUUUCAGGAGGCUAUUAUAAUGAUUUUGUGUUGUUCCAAUUUUGUUUCACUCAGUUUCAGUUUUGUCAGGCGUCAUCUUGUUGGGUUGUAUUAUAGUAGGAAUACGGGAUCAGAAAUUAGUAAAAAACAAACUGAAAGAGUGUUAAGUAAAUUGUUAGAGGAAGGAGGCAUCUCAGUAAAAUCAAGAGCAGUCAGGGCAUACGUUGAUACAAUACAGAAAUGUAGCCCAUGGCUUUUUAAGGAGGAGUUGUUAAAUAUAUCACAAUGGAACCAUCAUGGUGAAGAUUUAAAAAGAAUAGAAAAGAAAAGCCCAGGGACUCUGCCAGUUGGCACAUUGCCAUUGUGGACGUUCAUAGUCCCCCAAUGAGCAGCUCCGUGGUCUGAAAGGGCAGGGAAACAGCCCAAUGAGCAUCACCGCAGAGGAGCCAAUCAGCUAGAUGUUGCUGGGGCCGAGGAGCCAAUCAGCUAGAUGUUGCUGGGGCCGAGGAGCCAAUCAGCUAGAUGUUGCUGGGGCCGCUGUGAGCCAAUCAUCAGCCGGCAGCUGGAAGUUUGCUGGGGCCCCUUCGGCUGUGGCUCUCAACAUCGUGACAGCCAGGGACAGGUCCCUGUCACACCCUCCCUCUCAGUGCAGCCUGGUCCCACAGUGUCCUCAGGGGAGAACGUGACCCUGCUGUGUCAGUCACAGAUCAAGAUGGACACUUUCCUCCUGUGCAAGGAGGGGGCAGCUGAUCCCCCCCUGCAUCUGAGAGCAGAGUACCGAGCCCCAUGGCACCAGGCAGAGUUCUCCAUGAGAGCUGUGACCCCAGCCCUUGGGGGGACCUACAGGACCCUCUGGGGGACCCAGCUCACCACCCUCAGGACCCAGGUCAACGGCUGGGACACCAGUGUCGGGGACAAUGCAGGAAGGCAGAGCCCUGCAGAUGAAGACCCCUGGGCAGUCACCUACGUUGAGGUGUCACACUCGAGAAUAGGGCAUGGAGGACUGUCCACUUCAUCCCCUGAGUCAGGGAUAUUCCUGGUCAUGAAGGACACAUCAGAGGGAGAGGACAGCCUGCAGACCUGCCAGGUGGCUGCAUCUGAACCUCCCCAGGAUGUGACCUAUGCCCAGCUAAAGGACCUCAAGCUCAGACAGGAGACAGCCACUCCUCCUUCCUCCCAGGGACAGGAGCGUCCAGCUGAGUCCAGUGUCUACGCCACCCUGGCCAUCCACUAGCCCAGGACACCACUCAGAUCCCACACUGCAAGGAUAGGGACUCGGGGACCUCAGUGGGCACAAGAUAGUGCACAGACACUGACCUAGGAGUUACAGCCAGCCUGGUAUGGCCUGAAUUGGAGCAAAUCAUCUCCCAUGCCUGCAUGACUGUGUCAUGAUGAACACCAAUAUCAUCUUUGUUCAGCUCCUGCAUCCUGGCCCCAAUGUGGCCCCCAAAUUAGCAACCUCCUGUGCCCUGCUGUGCCCUGGAAGGGGAGGCAGCAGAGGACAUGGUGGAAAGUCCCCCCUGAAGACAUUGGGCCUCCAGAGCCCAGGCCAGAGGAGGGAGCCCUGGGAAGCUGAGGGUAUGUACUGAUGGAGCCCAAUGUCACCACUGAGUGACAGAGCCCGUCAUGGGUGGCAUUCACAGAGGGAUGUAUUAUCUCUGCUUUGGGUGUUGAGGGGCACUGGGGGAAAUAGUUCUGAGCUAUGGUAGAGGCAUGGGUUUCCUGCUCUUAAAAAAAAAAUGUCUUGUCCCAGGGAGAGCAGGAAACCCACAUCAGAAUCUGGAGUAGACCUGGGCGCAGAUGUCCACUAUAGACACAGUGAUUGAUCAGGUUCAGGGACUUGCAAAAGAUUCAAGAAACCAGGACACUUACAGACCACUGUAGACUGCCUCACACAGAACCCAGCACAUGGGUGCUCAGAAGUCUGCUUUGACAGAAGCACAAGGUCCUCAACAAUGGUCCACCACGCUGAGCCUCUCACUGAACCUGAGGUCACUCCAUCUCCAUGGCACUGUCUUCUGUGCUAACUGGUCAAUGGUGUUCCAUCAAAACCACGUCUGAAGGGGACAAGGCGGUGUCAUGAGAGCUAACAGUGGGUGAAGACAUAAGAGGUGUGGACUCACUCCUUAGGUUGAUCUGUACUGUUCUGUUCAGGACCGUGGUGACAACAGGUCCCCUUCUCUUAGCUACCCAGCACACCUGCUCCUUGGCUGAGAAGAAGCUACUCCUGGUGUUUUCAAUCUUCAUUUGUGUGGAGAUUUCUUCCUUCCUAUUUCCUUCGUCCUGUGAGUGUCCUCACCUAUGAGAUGCGUCUCGGCAUACAGUUGGACUCUGUGUUUUGAUCCACUCUGCUCAUCUGUGUCUUUUAAUGGGGGGUGAGACCAUUUACAUUCAGUGUUAGUAUAGAUUGUGUCCGUGUUUCCUGCCA